CAUCUUGUUCUGGAAUCAGGAAAUUAUCAAGUCUUGUGAUAAACACAUGUUUUGUUUUUCUCCAGUUUAUGAACAGGAUUAGUUUCCCCCCUCAGCGUAUUUCAUUCCCAGCUCCUGAUUGGAACAGGGACAGUGGAUUCCCAGAAUGUUGCUGAUCCUUUUCUCCAUCUCCCUGUGUUUUUCCUGGGUCUCUCCCGACACUAACUCACUAACUGUGAUAUACACUGUAAUCUCUGGCAUUGAAGAUUUUCCUGAGAUUACAAAUGCUGCGAUGGUCAAUGGAGUCCAAAUCGGUCAUUAUGACAGUGAUGUCCGUCGGUGCAUCCCCAGGCAGCAGUUCAUGGCUGAAUAUUUCAAUGUGAAACACUGGGACUAUGUCUCAAAUCUGAUAAGCUCACAUUCACACCUGGCAAAGGAGAAUCUGAAUGAAAUACUGAAGAUGACAAACCAGACAUCCGGAAUUCACGUUCUUCAAUGGAUUCGGUCUGUUGAGGUCACUGAAGAUGGCUCCAUUAAGAGAUCAAUGCGAGUUGGAUUUGAUGGAAAGGAUUAUAUUAGUUUAGAGCCAGACAGAAUGAGGUGGGUCGCAUCCAAUCACAUUGCAGUGAAGACUAAAGAGAAAUGGGAUUCUGAUGAAACCUGGAACAACUACUGGGAAAGUCAUCUACAACAAGUAUAUGUUCAACGUUUAAAGCAAUAUUUACAAGCCGGGAAGGAAUAUUUCAAAAGGAAAGUUCAGCCUGAAGUGUUUAUCUCCAGAAGUGACCCCAAUAAUCAGUACAAGCCGCUCACUCUCUCCUGCCUGGUUACUGGGUUUUAUCCUGUAGACAUCGAGGUGAGCUGGCUAAGGAAUGGAGAGGUAAUGUCUGAGACACUAUCCUCGGGGGUUCGACCCAACCACGAUGGGACCCAUCAGAUCCAGAAAGAGAUUGAAAUAAAUGUUGAGGAUGAGGAUCAAUACUCCUGUCAAAUUGAACACAGCAGCCUGGCAGAGACCCAGCUCUGUCAGUGGGAAAUCCCAGAAAAGAGUGGACAACUCCUGCAUCCUGGAAUUGUAACAGGAUUAGUGAUCGUUGGAAUUUGCACGUUCGGGAUAAUUGCAAUCUACAUUUGCAAAAGACAACAGAGAGAUUCACCAAGUGUGACCUACACAACAGCUCAGACUUCUGAUCUCUCUGUUCCGGAGCCUUCCUAAUUCAGACAUUCCCAGAGCCUCAUUGAUGAAUAACUGGAUUUGCCUGUUCUAGUGUGAACAUGGACAUCAUCGACCAUCCUUCCAUAUCACAGCAGGCACACAGAUUCACAGCUCAUUGUUUACACUGAGUGCUUUGAUGAUGGAGAUCUAUUUUUCCUGGGAAUGUGCUUCCACAGAUUGAACAGUGGAUCCUGGAUCCACCAGGUUGGGAUCCUGAUUCUUCAAGUGGGACUUUCUCAAGUAGCGUUUCCAUUCAGUAUCCACAAUGUGACGGCUCUCACAGUCAAAGGGAACUUCAGGGAUGAUUUUCCCUCACGCUUUCUUAUCUUCAGCAACUUGUUCGGGUCGAGUGAUUGACCUGAACAGAGUAAAUGUCAUGAGGCAACUCAGAGAGACACAUUUUAUAUUGAUAGAAGCUGAUCUAUUUUGCACUUUCUGUAGUGUCAGAUUUACACUGUUAUAUAAUGUACAUGUAUAAAAUUUUAUGAUUAAAGUAUAUUCAUGAACAAAAA